AUGAAUUUGGUGCUGGUGUCCGGCCUAGCCGCCCACGAGGCGGUACGGCCGGCGACGGGCGUGAGGUCGCUCUCGGAGAGAGGCAAAGUUCUUGCCCACAUCCUUCUGAGGCAUAUCAGAGACCAACUACUGAGGCAUCAGAGGCCGGAGCAAUCUGGAUGCACUCCUGCGACACUCAUUCUGCACCCAGGCUCCAAGAACGACAGAGUCCUAGGUAGAGAAAGAAACAAAAACAAAGAAACAAUAACUGUCCUUUGGAGACAAUUCUCGAGAGAAAAGCAACCGUUUCUCGGCGCAACGAACAUGAAGUCCUGGCUUGCGCUGUUUCUCUUCUUGGCUUUGUCCGGCCUGGUUGCCGGAAAGAAAGGGUGUGCGGGAGGCUCUGGCACCUGUGUUCCAGCGAGGAAAUGCAACAAUCCUCUUGAAAGAGGUUCAUGUCCUGACAAAGAGGUCUGCUGCCUCGACAAAAAUGGAGGUGGAAGAUCAUCAAAGACAGACGGAAAUGAUGAAUGCGAAGGCAAGAAUGGACGAUGCGUGAAAGAAUGGAAAUGCGAAGAAAAAAACGUCCUCAAGAAGGUUGAAUGUAGCGGGAAGAAUAGAGUGUGCUGCCGCAAAGAUGGAAGAUCUUCAAAGACAGACGGAAAUGAUGCAUGCGAAGACAAGAAUGGAAGAUGCGUGAAAGAACAGAAAUGCGAAGAAAAGGAUAUAAUCAAGAAAACUGAGUGCAGCGGACAGAAUAGAGUGUGCUGUCGCCAGGGAGGUAAACGGAAAUCAAAGAGCGACGGAAAUGCUGAGUGUGAGAGUAACGCCGGGAGAUGUGUGAAGAAAUGGAAAUGCGGCAGGGAUAAUAUCCUGAAGAAGAUCGAGUGCAGCAGGAAUAAUGAAGUGUGCUGUGUUCAAGUCACAGGAAAUAAAAGAAAUUCAAAAAUCGACGGAAGUACCGAGUGUCAGAAUAACGAAGGGAAAUGUGUGAGGAAAGUGCAAUGCAACGAGAAAGACGUCCUCAAGAUGUUUGAGUGCAGUGGAAAGAAAGUUUGUUGUCGCCAGGGUGGAAGAUCAUCAAAGACAGACGGAAAUGAUGAAUGCGAAGGCAAGAAUGGACGAUGCGUGAAAGAAUGGAAAUGCGAAGAAAAAAACGUCCUCAAGAAGGUUGAAUGUAGCGGGAAGAAUAGAGUGUGCUGCCGCAAAGAUGGAAGAUCUUCAAAGACAGACGGAAAUGAUGCAUGCGAAGACAAGAAUGGAAGAUGCGUGAAAGAACAGAAAUGCGAAGAAAAGGAUAUAAUCAAGAAAAUUGAGUGCAGCGGACAGAAUAGAGUGUGCUGUCGCCAGGGAGAGAGAAAAAAAUCGAAGAACAACGGAAAUGCCGCGUGUAAGAACAACGCAGGGAAAUGUGUGGAGAAAAUGAAAUGCAAAAAGAAGGACAUCCUCAAGACGAUUGAAUGCAGUGGAAAGAAAGUCUGUUGUGCGGAGGUGGAGGAAACCCAACGUGUAGGGACGAAGUGCAAAAGGUCUGAGAAGAAAUGUUGCAAAGAUAAUUGCAAGAAUAAUCCAGAAGUCUAUGCGAGAUGUUGCAGGUUGUGCGAAGACAAGGAAAAACACAAAUGCAGGAAAUAUGAUGGCUAUUGUAUUGAAAGAGAUCUGGCGGAAUGUCCAGACUAUCUCGUCGUCCUCGAGAAAGGCUGUAGGAAACCAGGGCGCUGUGUAUGCUGUGCAGGCUGCGAAGGGUCGGAGAAGAGAAGAUGCACGAAACUACGCGGAAGAUGUCAAAAGGAGCCAAGUAAAGAUAAGACAGAAGAGAUUGCGAACGGUUGCAAGCUUCCUGGAUGUACAUGCUUUGUCAAACCUUGCAAAGAACUUCAAAGUUGCACGGAUGCAAAUGGUGCUUGUGUCCGGAAGAAGAAGGAUUGUCCAAGUGGCAUACUGGUGAAACAAUAUUGCAAGGGGAAAAAGUGCAAAUGUUGCCUCCCAGCUACGAACCUAAUUAUCAUAUGCUUUCUCUCUUUUCGUAUAUUCUCUUUCCUUAAUGAGAUAAUGAUUGGUAGUACUGAAAGGCAUUAUAUGGUAAAUUGGAUAUAUUUUAAAAACUUUGUUGUCCAUAGAGUAAAACUGUCUGAAAAUUUAAUGAUUUUGUUUUUCUCUCUCGCCAGCUACGAACACAACCGUGCCUCCUACGAACACAACCGUGCCUCCUACGAACACAACCGUGCCUCCUACGAACUACGAAACAACUUGCGUGCUCCUACGAACACAACCGUCCUCCUACGAAACAACUACCGUGCUCCUACAACACAACCGUGCCUCCUACGAACACAAACCGUGCCUCCUCGUGAAACACAACCGUGGCUCCUACGAACACAACCGUGCCUCUACGAACAAACGUGCCUCCUACGAACACAACCGUGCCUCCUACGACAACCGUGCCUAGAAACAACGUGCCUCCUACGAACCUACGACACAACCGUGCCUCCUACGAACACAACCGUGCCUCCUACGAACACAACCGUGCCUCCUACAAACACAACCGUGCCUCCUACAAACACCUACACACAACGUGGCUCCUACGACACAACCUCCUACCGUGGCUCCUACGACACACGCUAG